AUGUCUCCCGAGCCGCCAUCGGAUCCCUCCGGCUCCGGUGUCUCGUCGGGCACGGAGCCGUUGGCCUGUGUGACGUGCAGGUCCAGGAAACUCAAGUGUGACAGAUCCAAACCGUCAUGCACUCGCUGCCACAAAGUGGGCGGCGAAUGUGUAUAUCCAGAAUCACGCAGGAAGCCAACCUUUAAGCGACGAAAUGUAAAGGAGAUUGAAGCCCGGCUUGCUCAAGUAGAGAGUUAUCUCAAAGAAGUAAACAAGGGUGUCGAUGAAGGCGGGAAUUCGAAUGCCUCCCAGCAGUCUGACCCGCCGCUUUGGCAAGGAGACUUCACCUUUGAAAGCGGACCUACGGGGAGUGAUGCCGCUGAUUCUCAGCAACCGGGGGUGACUGCCUUCUCCUUUCCUGACGCUUCUGCAACCCAGGAGGACACAUUUAUGGGUAACGGCACGCUCAUAGGCCUAGGCUAUUCAGAGACGGUGCCGCCCCUCGAAGUUCAAGAAGACCUCAACAACACAUUCUUCCUCGUUCCAUAUCACUUCAUCCCUAUCAUACAUUCUGGAAGGUACUACCGGUCGUUCUAUGCCGGGCCGCUGCGAAAACCGCCCAUGAGCCUGCAGUAUGCCGUAUGGGCCAUGGCCGCCAGCGGGCACGCCAGAUACGACCAGUAUUCCCAAGUAUUUUAUCAACGAGCUCGUCAGUACAUAGAGGCUGAUGAGAUGAAGGACCACGGGGAGCAUUUCAUCACCAUUGCUCAUGCCCAGGCCUUGUGCCUGGUCGCUGCUUUCGAGGCCAAAUGUAUGCUCUUUACGAGGGCUUCUACAACCUGCGCCAAGGCUGUGCGGCUUUGCCAAAUGAUGGGCCUGGACCGCCUUGACGGUGCGCGCGACGAUUUGCCUCCUGCGCUCGGUCCGCAUUCAACGUGGGAGGAGCUGGAGGAAAGGAGGAGAGUGUUUUGGGGUGCCUUUGCCAUCGACUCUCAUGCCAGUAUAUCUACAGGUUGGCCGGCAUUAAUAAACCCCGACGAUAUAAUGACCCGUCUUCCCGCGUCAGAGGAAGCCUUUUCCUCCGGCGAGGAGGAAAUCGCUCCAUUCUUGGACGAGAUUUCCUCCGGAACAUCCUUCAGCUCCUUUGCCGGUACAAUCGUCGUGUGCUCUAUUUUCCGAGUAAUUCUCAAACACGUGCACCGAUCUAAGCCUACCGACAAACCAGAGGAUAUGAUGGAGGGCCCGUUCUGGAAGAGGCACCGUGAUCUAGAUAAUCAGUUAUCAAGCCUCUUCAUGUUCCUACCUGCGAGGUUCCGCCUACCGGGGGCGUUGAGAGACCCAGGGGCUAUUCAUAUGAACCUCAACCUGCACGCCGCUGUCAUUAUUCUUCAUCACGCAGCUUUAGAGAAAGCAGACCUUCACAAUCUAGGCGAAAACGUAACGCGAACAAGCCUCUUUCGACUGAGGACGUCGGCAGAGGAAAUUGUGAACAUUGUAAAACUGUCGUCUCAUUCUACCUCUAUCUUUAAAAGUCCUCUUUGUGCAUUGUCGCUAUACUGCUCUAUAACGGUAUACGUCUACUUGGCCAAGUUGAACCCCCAGUCUGGUCUCACACCGUUGGACAAGUCAAAUCUUGAAAUUAUUAUCCAGGCAAUGGAGGCAAUUGGUCGGAACCACGAAAUCACUUGUGCUUUUCUUCAUCAAGCGUGUUUGGAUAUUGAAAGAAACGAGCUCACAUCCGUGCUAAAGUUUCCAAACUUGGAAAAGUACCGCUCAAUCUUUGGCGGCGCCAACCACUCCAACAUUCCAUUGAUUACGCGCAGUUCGAUAUCGAAACAUUCCAAAGUGACCCCUGUUCUGCCAGGCAGGCUCCCACUCAACAACCCCCAGGGAAAAAUUCUACCGGGCCAUUUGAAACUAGACAAGGGCAUCCCCCCAAUAGCGUCGGGAGGGGCCGAACCCGUCGUGCGAAAACUAAUCAAUUGCGAUUGUUUCCAGCCGGUUCUCGGUGCAGUAACUCGCAACGUCGGCGCCGGACCAAGAGACAGAACGGAACACAAGAGAAAGAGGAUGUCACCGAGUGGAAGUCCCUCGGUCGGACUCAUGGGUACCGCAAUGGACGGCCAGGCGGAUGAGACGCCAGGCCAUGGAAAUCGGUCAACCGCGUUUAGCGCUGCCCCUGGAAUCGAUGUGCGGAAUCCGCUGGGAGACGCGACUUUCGCCUUGCCAGACCGGACGAAUUCGUCAACGUCUUCGCCGGCUCAUCGCGUAGCCGGCUCAGACCCUCUAUCAGGAAGUAGUCAUACCUCGCCGCCUGGGCUGGGCAACACUCCCGAAGAGAACAGGUUUGAUCUAAGGGCCUUCCAGGAAAGAGUGGUCCCUCAAAUGUGGCAGGCCGCACAGAUGCAAUCUAUGCAGGACACGCUAUUUACAUCCUCCAUCACGGAAGCAUUGUUCACAAUGGCUGGCAUUGAUGAAACAACGGCGGGUUGGGAGUCUUGGAACCAGUCUGCGGCGUGGCAGGCGGAUAUGUCUGGGCCAUGA